CCAACACAAAAAAUGAACACAUAACAAUAACUGUCAAACACGAGUGAAAGUUGUCGCAUUGAGGUUAAUUCAUAAUAUUUACAAGUUUACGUUUGCAACAAAAGUGUAUUCAAAACUGCGAGAAAAAAACAUUGACAAAUUGAUGCUAAAAGACAAUGGAUAAACCAAUUUUACACAACAAUUCCAAGGAAGUGGAAAAUAAUAUGAAAAAAGAAAUUUUACAUGAAAACCACAGAACUGGCUUAAAUAAUAUUCGAGCCUUAGUUUUUUUGCUGUUGUGGUAUUUGUUUAGUGGCUGUACGUUAUUUUUAAACAAAUAUAUACUAACUUAUCUUAAUGGCAACCCCACAAUAUUGGGAGCAUGUCAAAUGUUGAUGACAGCAACAUGUGGUUUCAUACAGUUAUAUUUUCCAUGUGGAAUGUACAAACCUCACCAAAGAUUAAGUAAACCACCAGGUUUUUACAGGCAUAUGGUUUUAGUUGGUUGUACCAGAUUUUUAACGGUAGUUUUAGGUCUGGUAGCCCUAAACUAUGUGGCUGUUAGUUUCACAGAGACCAUCAAAAGUUCAGCUCCACUCUUUACCGUCCUAAUCUCACGAUUUUUACUUGGUGAACAAACAGGAUUAUAUGUGAAUUUGAGUUUACUGCCAGUCAUGUCUGGUCUUGCUCUCUGUUCAAUAAAUGAAAUCAGUUUUGAACUAAUUGGUUUCAUAGCGGCAAUGGCCACAAAUCUUACAGAAUGUAUACAAAAUGUCUACUCUAAAAUGCUGAUUUCCGGCGACAAAUUCAAAUACACACCAGCAGAAUUGCAGUUUUACACUAGUGUGGCAAGUAUAGUAGUUCAAAUUCCUGCAACAUUACUGUUGGUGGAUGUUGGACAUGCAGGAAGAAUAGAAUAUAAAUUAUUAUUAUGUUUUAUAUUAAAUGGUAUUUUCUUCCACUUUCAAAGCAUAACUGCAUAUGUUCUGAUGGACUAUAUCAGUCCUGUGACGCAUAGCGUUGCCAAUACCGCAAAAAGGGCGUUUUUGAUUUGGUUAUCAGUGUUGAUGUUUGGAAACCCAGUAACAUUGCUCAGUGGUUUAGGAACAAUAAUUGUAAUAGCCGGUGUUUUUAUGUAUAUUAAGGCGCAAGAAUAUGACGAUAAAUUGAAUUCGGCUAAUAUAAUUCAAAGGAAAGUCCGAGCGAUUUAAGCAAUACUAUAAAUACGUAAUAUUUAAUAAUAUUUAGUCAUAGGCCAAUUAUGACAUUCCAAUUUUGAUACCAGGAUUAACAAUAAGUUUAUCUGAUGUGAUAAUAUUUUAAAUAUUCACAAUUAAUAUUUAUUACAUGUUUCACUAUUCACAUAUUUUUAUUUGUUUGUUUUUGUUGUUUUUACCAAAAUAUUGUGAUAAGUUCUUGUCAAUUGAAAAAAUGCAUUUGAUUAUUAACAAUCAAUUUUAGCAUUUAUGUACCUAAAAGAUAAAAUUCGAUGGUUGUGUUGCAUUUCUCUAAUGAGUAUUAUGUAUUAUUUUAAUCACAUAUCGUGUGUUUUUACCGUACUUAAAUGUAUAUACAUAAGUAAUUCUAAUUGUACAAAACUGUUACUAAUUUUGAAUUUUAUUUGUUGUCACUGUGGAAUAAAAUUGUAAAUAUUUUAGAAAUAUACUUUAUUUUUUUA